CAAACUGCCCACCUUGCAGUUAGCAACCAAGCACUUAACCACUGUGCCACUGAGCACUUAACCACUGUGCCACCUCUGUAGGGCAGAUUAAUUCGGUAUUUGAGGCGUAUGCAAUUCAAGGGGAGCAUGGUAGGGAUGGCGGUGGAGCAAACAUGGAGGUGUUUGGCCCGAUGAUGUUUUUGGUCCAUCCCUCUAGAGGUUGACUUGUUUCUCUUUGAGGAAGGCAAGGGGCUUUUUGGUUAGGGUCUACUGAGUGUUGGGAAACCUUUUACUCCUUUGCAGCCUCCCGUCAGCGAGCGCUCUGUGGAAGGGGACUCGCUUCAUGCCCAGGGAUGGGUUCAGCACUGCCCAGAGAGACUGCAGUGUGGGCACUGGGGCCAGACUCCGACCCCCACACUACGCACGGCGGUGGGGCGAGGCCAGGCCAGUGGACUGCAGAGUCUUCAGGCACGGCGCGGCCAGCCCCCUGCCCAGUCUGCCUGGCCUCCUGGAUAGGCUUCGCGCUGCCUGCACAUCAUGACCUGGGACUUAACGACGCUUGGCCAGUUUCUGGAAGGGCCCCACCCCGAGGGUGCGAGGCCAGUGGGGAGUUGUUUCUGCUGAUGCCAGGUGCCUGGGAGGUGUCCAGGACGUAGCCCUUGCCCACGUCUGCCCACCCGAUGAUGGCUCGUGCCCACCCUGGGCUGGAGCCCAGCCCCUGAGGUCCUUACCAUGGUGAGGAUCCUGAGUAAAGGUCUCAACAACCAGGGAGCUGACUUCAUAGCGUGCAGGAGCUUCAGCCCUGAGCUGCACACGCCCAAGAAGAUGAGUCAAGGACCUACCCUUUUCUCUUGUGGAAUUAUGGAAAAUGACAGAUGGCGAGACCUGGACAGGAAAUGCCCACUACAGAUUGACCAGCCAAGUGCCAGCCUCUGGGAAUGCCUGCCGGAGAAGUGUCAGGACAGCACCCUGUGGCACAGGGAGGCGGUGACGGCCUGUGCGGUGACCAGCCUGAUCAAGGACCUCAGCAUCAGCGACCACAACGGGAACCCCUCUGCACCCCCCAGCAAGCGCCAGUGCCGCUCCCUGUCCUUCUCCGAUGAGAUGUCCAGCUGCCGGACAUCAUGGCGGCCGUUGGGGUCCAAAGUCUGGACUCCUGUAGAGAAGAGGCGGUGCUAUAGUGGGGGCAGUGUCCAGCGCUAUUCCAAUGGCCUUAGCACCAUGCAGAGGAGCUCCAGCUUCAGCCUCCCUUCCAGGGCCAAUGCGCUCCCCUCCCCCUAUGACCAGGCCGCAUUUCACCUUCGAUUCGGGGGACAGCCCUGCCAGGGGGCGCCAGGCCCAGCCACCUCUGGACAGGCGGGCGAUCUCUGGAGCCCCGAUCCAAACCCCGUGGGAGGGGGCCGGCUCGACAUGCAGCGAUCCCUCUCCUGCUCCCACGAGCAGUUCUCCUUCUCGGAAUACUGCCCCCCCUCGGCCAGCAGCACCCCGGCCUCAACACCUGAGUUGGCGAGACGCUCCAGCGGCCUCUCCCGCAGCCGCUCACAGCCCUGUGUCCUCAACGACAAGAAGGUUGGCAUCAAACGGCGGCGCCCCGAAGAUGCCCAGGAGCAGAGGCCUUCCCUCGACCUGGCCAAGAUGGCACAGAACUGUCAGACCUUCAGCAGCCUCAGCUGCCUGAGCGCCGGGAUGGAGGACUACGGCCCCUCAAGCCCCUUUGUCCUCCACGCCAGCAGCACCCACUCCUGGACCACCUUGCUCUCAGCCUCCUCCGCCAGCACCGGGGGCAGGACCCCGGCUGGGACCCCGGUCCUCGAGCCGCUGCCCCAUUCCUUCGAUGAGCAUCUUGCCAGCAAAGGGGAAGUGUCCUUCGAGGAUGCGGGUGGCUGUGCCCUGGACGAGGACCACAGCCGGAAGGAGGAGCCGGCCUCGGCCUGGCGGGACUGCGGGGCGGCGGGGAGCGGCCUCUGCUCCCUGGACGGCGAGUUGGACAUUGAGCAGAUAGAGAACAACUAGGGCCAUGGACCCUGGCCGGGCGGGGGACGCUUUGGGAUCCACAGCUUCCCUCUGGGUACCAGGUGGAUGCUCAGGGGGCAGGGAGCCUCACUCCUGGGCCCGACAGGAGUUUCCCUGAAAGGUGUCAGGCCGAGAGGAGUCAGCCUCCUGCCUCCGUGAGUGCUGACCAAUCCCCGCCACCGUGCUGACCUGGCCCAGACACCAUGGAAUGUACCAGCCUCUCACCAUGGACUCGUGUCCAUGCAACUACUGUAGCCGACAGAGCAGCUUCUGGGGUCGGGUCUUUUUAGCCCCUUCUUCUCACGGGACGUUGAGCACGAGCACCCCAGUGCCCUGCGCUGGCCUUCGUGGUGUUUCUGGCCUGGCCCAGGGCUGGGGCCAGUGUCGCCUGGCUGUGUCCGGGGCUGCUCAGCCUCUGUUCGGGUUCUGUCGGGGGAGUCGGCCACGGCUUCUCUCGCUGCCUUUUGUUCUGUGCCUUCUCUCCCACGUCUCCUGCUUCAGCUCGGGGCGCUUCGGGAGACGCUUCCUUCUGUAGUAACACCAGAACCAUUUAGCCUUAAUUCCAAGGGUGGGAGGCAAAGUUCCUGGGUGCCAGGGGCCCAUCCUGCUGAGGCUGGGGAGCAACCUGGGGGGCUUGUUAGAGGCUGUCCACCUUGGGGGGAAAUUUGGUGCAUCUGUUCGCCAGAAAGACAGGCCCACUUGCCAGCUCCUUCUGGGUGGCACAUGGCCAUGGCAUGAGACCCUGACCCAUGGCUCUGUGGCCGGAGGCAGGCUGUCUCCCUGUUCCUGCUAGAGGGCCGGUGGCCAGAGGCAGGCUGUCUCCCUGCUCCUGCUAGGGGUCGCUUUGGCAGGGUUGGUGAUGGUGGCCAUUCUCCGUGGCUAACCAGGCACCAGCCCAGUCAAUCCAGGGUGCCCUCUUGAAAAGCCCUCAGAGGCUCUGCCCAUCUCAGGGCUGAAGGGGUCUGCGGAGAAGCCUUUGAGGGACCGAGGAUGGGGUGGCCUCUGUCUAUUCCCCCCCCCCAGUAUUCCAACCAUAUUCUCCUUUGUUUUUGGGCUUAAUUAAGGUGUACCCCCCAACUCAAGACAAGCCCCCCUUUAUCACUGCGGGGAGCAGAGAUUUUCUAAGUGCUGCUUCCCCGCUGCGGCCCAGCACCCCCCGCAGACCCCAGGGCCCUCCGCAGCCUGGCCUGCAGACACUCACAUGGCCCUGCCCUCCGGGAACCUGGCUUUUGGCAAACUUGGCAUUUCUGCCCGCAGACAGUAGCAGCUGGACUAGCUGACGAACGUGGCUCACUUUCCCACGAGGCUAAAAAUAACUGGUGCGCCUCUGGAGGUCGCCGGCACGUGAUCUGGGCCCUCCUGGAGUCCCUUUGCUUCUGCUCGCUCCCGCUGACGGCGAGCUCCCCGAUCCCGCAGGCCAAGGACACACGUCCUCACCUUCUUUCUUCUAAAGAAGACCCUGUUGAGGAAACCACUUCAGUCGCUGCUUUUUACUCCAUCAGGAGGGUGGUGGCUCAGUUUUCUCUUAAAAUCAGCCCCCAGUUCAGUGGCUCAAAGGUUGUGUUGAAAACCGUGGGCUGGGGCCGGGGCAGGCACUGGGCGGGUCCCGGGGCAGUACCAGCUCCACCUCUGGGUGCUGUGGCCUCCAGCAGGAGGACAGGGCUCCCACUGAGGCACGUCCACGUGGGUCCCUGGACAACCAAACCAGGGAGCGGGCGGCUCUGUGGACGGGGACAUCUCCCUGGUCACCCGCUGCUCUUAGAGCAGGCCCAGAGGAGGCGGGGCGGUGGUGGGUGGGCCUGAGAGAAUCUGCUGGCCCUCCUGCCCUCGGGAGGCCCUGAGGAUGUAAUGGGACCAGCCUGUACCCGGAGGGGGCGCAGGAACCACAGCCUCUGCAGCAGUCCUUCCACAUCUCCUGGUCCACCCCUCAGCGAGGAGGGAGGCCUGGCUGGGCAUUGCCACCACAGCCAUCUGGUGCCACCAGGGUGGCCUUUCCUCAGGGCUGGGAGGGGUGGCACGGGGGUGGAGGGUCGCAGGGCCCAGGGUGCAGGUGACGGCCCUCAGACCUGCCUGCCUGCCAUCUCGCUCCCUCGUCUUGGACCUGGUGGCAAGAAGGACGAGCAUUACAGUGUGCGGGAUCUCAGCCUCGUCCCCCCACCUCCCCCAGCUCCAUCCGUAGUCAGCUCCCCCAGAUCCAGAGCCCUUCUAGGCCCAAGGCAGGAUUGUGGCCUUUCCAGCACUCAGCCCCUCUUGAUUCUCCCUGCUCCCCAAAGCUUCUAGCCCACAGCAGUAACCGGGGAGAGAGGGCAUGUCCUGCUCAGAGACACUAAGGGCCUUGGGUGGUUUCCUUGUUUUGAUGGGAGGACACCCUGUCUGCAAAGUGCCGCCGCACUGCCCAGAGGGCCUGUCCGCGGGCUUGGGCCUCUGGGCGCCGAGGGGCUCCCCCCAGGGCUGUGGCCCCCAGCAGGGGGUCCCGUGGAGGAGACGGUGCAGGAGCCCCACUUUUGUCAGGGCAUCACCUUCCAGAGCCGAUGCCCCGAGCUCCUGCCUCUAAGGGCCCACUAGGAGGCUCGCAGCCUUGAGGGCGGUGUGUGGGGCCCUCCAGCUGCCCGGGUGGGAGGAGGGUUUCCCCACGCACACAGCCAGCCCCCAUACUCACCCCAAAGAGCUGGGCCCGGCCGGUGGGGUGCCCACAGUUUACAGGACUGCAGACCCUUCUGCCUUACGGUGGCCCCGAGCCCACGGGGUUGGCGCGGGGGGGCGGUGUGCUGACUACACAUGCGGAUUUUCAUUCUCAGAAAGCCUUACUUUUCAACAAAGUUUUUGUAGCUGGAAAGUUCUGUGAAUUUGUAUGCUGAAAGAAAAUUUAAAUAAAGGAAAAAUCUACAUUAAAAAGAAAACAAACCCAGAUUUCCACACGGGUCUCCUAGUGGGAGGCGGGUGCGGAUUUCCAGGGCCGGCUGCCGGCGAGGAGAUCCCAGUCAGCGCAGUGCGGGGCUGCGGUGGCCGUGGGCGGUGACAGCCCCACGUGAGCCACCUCGGGAAGGCUGUCUUGGGCGAGGACAGCGUGCACACGGGGUCAGGAAAACCCUGCCUCUUUCCACCCCAGCCGGCAUCAAGGCGUUGUAGCCGAGGUAGGGUAGCUCCCUGCUAGCGUAGUCUUUCUUCGGGCAGAAGAGUUGUGUUUCCUGUGUGUCGGGAGGUGCUGUGGGGCCCCAGAUGACCCGGCCCUCAGGCUGGUCGUGAUGAGGGCAGAAGGGCGGGUGGUGUCCGGAGCGCGUGGAGCCUGGCCAGCCACCUGCCGGGGCCCCGCUGCACCUGGGCCGCGACGCCGCGGACAGCCGACGUGGGCCCGCCAGGACUCUCGCCCUAGGGCCGCUCUAGUCUCAGGAAUUUGCUUGUUACUUUUACUGUGUAAAUAAACCUCCUGGUUCAUACCCGACGCAGGGAGUGGCUGUGUGCUUUCUGUGGGAGCAGCAAACACCCGCCCCUUUGCCCACAGGAGCGGUGCUCUGGGUGGGGGGCCAGAGCCUGGACCCUCUGUCCUCAGCGAGCCUCAGGGUUACUGUCUGAAAUGGGGUGACAGACGUCUCACGGAGCUCUGGAGAAGCCCCAGGCCAGUGGUGGCUAUGCAGUGUGUGGUUGGGGGCACUUCUGGAGGUCGGUGGAGGGGGCGGCAUGUGUGUAACCAGAGAUGCGGUGUAUCCGUGUGAAAUAGUUCACUGCAGGUAAGUAAACCUCGCUUACUGGUGAAUGUGCUCAUCUGUGUGGGGGAGGGGGGCAGCCAGGGGACCCCAGGGCAGCAGAGCAGAGACUGUCCCUCCGUGCAGUUUCUGAGACAGGAGCAGGCCGAGGAGUCUGCUUCUCCCAGAGCCCUCGUGAGCGCCUCGCCCUAGCCCUCAAGGCCAUACAGCUGUUUGCUGCAGGGCGUAGGGUGGCCAUCCGCCACCGGUCCCCCAGGUACCGAAGGAGGUGCUGCAGGCCGGCCACCCGUCAGGGGAGGAUGGCUGGGCCGCGAGAGCAACCGGCCAGAGCGCGUUCCCCGGGCACGGUGCCCGCUCGCUCCUGGCCCUCCAGAUCCAGUACCUGGUUAGCCAAGCUCGGGAGGAACAGGACACCUGGUCGUUCUCCAGGGCAGGUCAGGGGCACUUGUUUGGAGGUGACAGGCACGGGGGGCUUCCAUGACUUCCCAGGGUCGGGCCAGACCUCAGCCCCCAGAGGAUCGUUUCCUCUCUUAAGAGGACACCAGUGUGCUGGUGCGCCUGGGAAGUCACAGGCCCUGGGGCCACCACAGGCCACUCCCACUGCAGGAUCUCGGGGGAGUUUGGGGACAGCAUAGUGGAAGGCAUUAGAAGGGGCAUGGGAAGUGGUCAAACGGUGAUCUGCCUCUUAGCCUUGGGCAAGUCACUUUCUCUGCAUCUCAGUUUCUUCGACUGUAAAAUGGGGGUGAAUGACAACACCCACCUCCCUUCACCCCUGCAGUUCUGAGAGCUGCCUUGUUCUCUGCCCAGACCCAGCAGGGGUCUGUGCCCCAGGAACUACCUUCUGACACCCCACCCUCCCCAUCCCGCUCCUGGUGUGGCCUCUGAAAGAAGGGGCUCGGCUAGUCCAGGGAGAGAGGACCAUUCUCUUUCCUAAGUGGGGUCAGACUCCUGACAGGAGAGCAAGGGAAAGAGGGAGAGAUACGGUCAGCCAGACCCACGAGACAAACUGAGCCGAACACUACAGGUCCGUCCCCGUCCUGUGCCCCACAGCCCUGGUGACCCAUAGCCCACGACUGCCUGGUGAGCCCGACUGUCACUCUUCUGACAGGCUG